AUGGGUGACUGGAGCUUUUUGGGAAACAUUUUAGAGGAAGUAAACGAGCACUCAACCGUGAUUGGCAGGGUGUGGUUGACCGUGCUCUUCAUCUUCAGGAUCCUGAUCCUGGGCACAGCUGCUGAGUUUGUCUGGGGGGAUGAACAGUCGGAUUAUGUUUGCAACACCCAGCAGCCGGGUUGCGAGAAUGUCUGCUAUGACGAGGCUUUCCCCAUCUCCCACAUCAGGCUGUGGGUGCUCCAGAUCAUCUUCGUCUCCACGCCCUCGCUGGUGUAUGUGGGCCACGCCGUGCACCACGUCCACAUGGAGGAGAAGCGCAAGGAAAGGGAAGAGGCGGAAAUGAACCGCCAACAAGAGAUUAACGAGGAACGGCUGCCUCUGGCACCCGACCAGGGCAGCGUGAGGACCACCAAGGAGACCAGCACCAAGGGCAGCAAGAAGUUCCGCCUGGAGGGCACCUUGCUGAGGACAUACAUCUGCCACAUCAUCUUCAAGACCCUGUUCGAGGUGGGCUUUGUGGUGGGGCAGUACUUCCUUUAUGGCUUCCGCAUCCUGCCCCUGUACAAGUGCAGUCGCUGGCCGUGCCCCAACACCGUCGACUGCUUCGUCUCACGCCCCACCGAGAAGACCGUCUUCAUCAUCUUCAUGCUUGCUGUUGCCUGCGUCUCUCUCUUCCUCAACUUUGUGGAGAUCAGCCACCUUGGACUGAAAAAGAUCCACUUUGUUUUCCAGAAGCCUCCCCAGCAGCAAUCGGAGGGGGGGCUGGUCCCAGAGAAGAGCUUGACCUCCAUGGCUGUCUCCUCCAUCCAGAAGGCCAAGGGCUACAAACUGCUGGAGGAGGACAAGCCUGCUUCCCACUUCUUCCCCCUGACAGAGGUGGGGAUGGAGGCAGGCGGGCUGCCGAUACCUUUUGAGACUUUCGAGGAGAAGUCCUGUGUGGAUGAGGCAGGGUCCCCUGAUGAUAUCUCCAAGGUGUAUGAUGAGACCCUGCUCUCCUCUGUCCAGACCACUGAACAGGAUGAGGAGCAGGGGCAGGACACUGCUGAGGUGCUGCAAGAUCAGGAAGAGGAGGACGAAGAAGAGGAAGAGGAAGAGGGAGAGAAACCACCUGCUGAGGCUGAGGUGGAGGCAACUGAGAUAAUAGAAGACACUAGACCCCUAAGCAGCUUGAGUAAAGCUAGCAGCAGGGCCAGGUCAGAUGAUUUGACAGUAUGA